AUGGAAGUUCAGCUCAAAAUCGAGUGCCACUGCCACCUCACAUCCUUCUCCCUCGCGAUCCCGUCGACGGAGCUCCCCCUGAAAUCCGCGCUGUGCCACUGCUCCUCGUGCCGCCACACGACGGGCCAGCUGUUUGCGACCUGGGCCGUGAUCCCCGCGGAGUUCCCGGGCGACGUGCUCAGCGGGGGCAACCUGGUCAAGUACGCAUCGUCGCCGACGUGCCAGCGCUGGUUCUGCAAGCGGUGCGGCGCCAGCGUCGUCAACGUCGACGAGAACGGGGGGAGAGGCCCGGCGGAGUGGGAGGUCGGCACGGGUGUGCUCUCAUUCGACGACCCCGAGGGGUUAGAAGGGAAAUUGAACCGUGUGCAGCUCUGGGUCGAGGAUGUCAAGGGGGACGGAGGCGCCGUGGGCUGGAUCAACCAGGGGGGACUGGAGGGGAUGGACAGGCGCUGGACAGGACGGGACAGCGAGACUGUCAGUGAUGGCGCGGCCGGGGAUCUCAUGCAGCGCAAAGUCGAGGCCCGAGACGACAGCCAACGCCUUGUUGCGCAGUGUCGUUGCAAAACUGUCCGGUUCGAGAUCUCACGCCCUCACGACGACUACAAUGCAGGAACCGGCAAGUUCGAAACGAGUCUCGACGCCUGCACGUCCUGUCGGACGGUGACUGGAUUCGAAAUCACCUGUUGGGCCACGGUGCCGAAGAAUCUCAUCACUGCGAAAGCAGACCUCGACUCUCUCCUGGACGAUCGGGCAAGGCUCGGUCACUACAAGACAUCGUCGGACGUGAGUCGAUAUUUCUGUGCAAGAUGUGGUGCAACAGCUUUCUACUACAAGCACGGCCUGGAUACGAUUGACGUUGCCCUCGGACUUCUGGAGCCUGAGGUCGAAGGCGCUGUUCGAGUCGAAUCGUGGCUCGAAUGGCAGAAGUAUCCCAAGAGCGUAGCGUAUCCAGAGGACGCCGUCGACAAAGCAUUCGUCAGGAAACUCGUGGAAGGCAUGAAGCUUUGGGAGAGUCGCUGA